AUGUCAGCUUCUUCUGUUACACUUUCAGUGGCAGCUACUGCCACCACCAUUUCCAAUCCCUCAAACUCAAUUCACCAUUUCUCUCUCACCCUCACUCAUUUCUUUCCCUUUAAAUCAAAACCCAUAAAGACUCCUAACCUCAAAUCCCAUUACAAUCUAAAUUCCCCACCUUUUUCACACUCUUUAGUAUUCUGUGCAUCGGCUGCAUUUGAUAGUGUCGAAAUCACUCAAGAAGAGACUCAAGAAAUAGUACCAGAACUAGAAGUUGUUGAAAAGGGUGAAGACGAUGAAGGAGUGGAAUCACAGUCAGCUGAAGCUGGUAGAUUGUACGUGGGCAAUUUGCCAUUUUCAAUGACUUCUUCGCAGUUAUCAGAAAUUUUUGCAGAAGCUGGUCGUGUUGUUUCCCUGGAGAUUGUCUAUGACAGAGUUACGGACAGGAGCCGAGGAUUCGCAUUUGUUACAAUGGGCAGUGCUGAGGAAGCAAAAGAGGCAAUUAGGCUGUUUGAUGGAUCUCAAAUUGGAGGACGAACUGCUAAGGUGAACUUCCCGGAGGUGCCUAGGGGAGGUGAAAGGGAAGUAAUGGCUCCAAAGAUAAGAAGCAGCUAUCAAGGUUUUGUAGAUAGCCCCCAUAAGAUAUAUGCCGGGAACCUCAGCUGGAACCUUACGUCUCAAGACCUAAGAGAAGCUUUUGCAGAUCAGCCAGGAUUCCUGAGUGCUAAGGUAAUCUACGACCGGGACUCCGGAAGAUCUCGAGGUUUUGGCUUUAUAAGUUUUGCGUCUGCUGAAGAAGUCGAAUCUGCACUGAAUGCCAUGAAUGGAGUGGAGCUCGAAGGCCGGCCACUAAGGUUAAACUUGGCGGAACAGAGAACUCCCAUAUCUCCUCCAGAGGCUAUUCGUAGUAUUUCAGAUAAUGAUCUGGAGAACAGUGAGAUUCUUUCGAGUCUUGGUACUUGA